AUGCUUUUCUAACUUCAAUAAGUGAAAUUAAAAUAAAAUCAAAUAGAACUUAGACUCAAUUAGGAAUUAAAUAUUAAAUAAAUAGAAUCAAUAUUCAUCAUUUAGACAAUAAAAAUUAUUAACUAUUUAUUAGGUGAAAACUAAUUAAUUAAUAUUUCUCUUUGGUUCUAAAUUAAAGAUCAAAUUUAUAAUUUCAUCUUAAGUGAUGUUUACAUUCGAACAAACAAAUACUACCCUAUUCUUCGAUAAGCUGAACCAACUGGGUCAUUGAGGGAGCACUAAAUUUUGAAAUCUUUAAAGGUAAACACAAAAUCUUAGUUUUAUCAUCUUAAUACGAAUGUGAGUAAAUAAAUAAUAUGGUAAUAUAUAAUAAUUAUUAACUUGUUAAAUAAAAGUUAAAUAUUAUUUAGAUAUAUAAUUGUUUUGUAUUAAAAAUUUUAUUAUCUUUUUAACUAAGAUUUUUAUAAGACUUAUUUAAAUUUUAAAUCUGUUGGCAGAUAUAUAUGUUUAUUAUAUUUAUCAUAAAUUAGUAUCUAACAAUUAAUUUUUCAUGGAUUUAAUUAAUAAAUUCAACCAUUCUUAUAUUUUGUUAACUCACUAUUUUUUUAUUUGACAGAGUGA